CAGACCACAUGGUCCUCUGGUGUCCGUGGGUCUGAACUGUAACCAAGGAGGCUGGCACUUCAUCAGACUAGCAGUCUUUAUCCCAAAUAUUCACACUUAAUGUUCCUCUUAUUUUUGUUGCAUUUGGUUUUCUAACUUUUUAUGUUUUUAGGUAAAUAUGGUGAAAACUAUUUUGCACCAUACCGAAGAACCUCAAAACAGCUGGAAGUAGACUGUUCACAUUGUAAGGAGCUUAUCACUUGUUCUUUGGCAAAGGUGGAGCUGGUCCUUGUAAAGGAGCAGAAUGGGGUCCAGUUCACCUCCACCACCCUUGUGGCUCCAUCCUCAACUCAGACCAACCCCAGUGGUGAGGCUGAAAGAGAGACCUGGGGGAAGAAAAUUGACUUCCUGCUGUCCGUGAUCGGAUUUGCGGUGGACCUCGCCAAUGUCUGGAGGUUCCCUCACCUGUGCUACAAAAAUGGAGGAGGUGCAUUCUUGGUGCCGUACCUGUUCUUCAUGGUGAUAGCAGGCAUGCCUCUCUUUUACAUGGAGCUGGCUUUGGGACAGUACAACAGAGAAGGGGCAGCAGGGGUCUGGAAAAUAUGUCCCAUAUUCAAAGGUGUCGGAUUUACAGUGAUCCUCAUUUCUCUCUAUGUUGGCUUUUACUACAACGUCAUCAUCUCCUGGGCUCUCUUCUACCUCUUCUCCUCGUUCACUGGCGAGCUCCCGUGGGUGCAUUGUAACAACACAUGGAACAGUCCAAACUGCUCUGACUGGACUGACAACAGCACCAUCAGUGACAUUUACAAGGCCACUCCGGCUCAAGAGUACUUUGAGCGAGGGGUGCUCCACAUUCAAGACAGCAAUGGUAUAGACAACCUAGGUCGUCCACGUUGGCAGCUAACUUCCUGUCUGGCUGUGGUCAUUGUUGUGCUUUACUUCAGUCUGUGGAAGGGAGUCAAGACUUCUGGCAAGGUUGUGUGGAUCACAGCCACUAUGCCCUAUGUGGUCUUGACUGUGCUGCUGCUCCGAGGAGUCACCCUGCCGGGAGCCAUAGAUGGCAUUAAGGCCUACCUGUCUGUAGACUUCCUGAAACUCUGUGAUGCCAAGGUUUGGAUCGAUGCCGCCACGCAGAUCUGUUUCUCGCUAGGAGUUGGGUUUGGUGUGCUAAUUGCCUUUUCCAGCUACAACAAAUUCAGCAACAACUGUUACAGGGAUGCCAUCAUCACCACCUCCAUCAACUCUUUAACCAGCUUCUUCUCUGGCUUCGUGGUCUUCUCCUUCCUUGGCUAUAUGUCCUACAAGCACAACGUCCCCCUGGACAAGGUUGUAAGGGAUGGGGCUGGCUUGGUCUUUGUUAUUUACCCAGAAGCCAUUGCAACACUGCCUGGGUCAUCGGUGUGGGCAGUAAUCUUCUUCAUCAUGUUGCUGACACUGGGCAUUGACAGUGCUAUGGGUGGGAUGGAGUCUGUCAUCACGGGGCUGAUUGAUGAGUUCAAAUUCCUUCACAAGCACAGAGAACUGUUUACCCUCUUCAUUGUGGUCGUCACCUUCCUCAUCUCACUCUUCUGUGUUACAAAUGGCGGGAUGUACGUGUUUACUCUGUUGGACCACUUUGCAGCUGGGACAUCGAUUCUCUUUGGAGUGCUUAUUGAAGCCAUCGGGAUUGCGUGGUUUUACGGAGUGGACCGUUUCAGUGAUGACAUCGAGGAGAUGAUUGGUCAAAGGCCAGGCAGAUACUGGAGGUUGUGCUGGAAGUUUGUAAGCCCCUGCUUCCUCCUGUUUAUGGUGGUAGUCAGCUUUGCGACAUUCAACCCUCCCAGUUAUGGCUCCUACACCUUCCCUCCCUGGGCCAAUGUGCUGGGAUGGGGUCUGGCCAUUUCAUCGAUGUCCAUGGUGCCACUUUACGCCUUCUAUAAACUUUGUACUCUGCCCGGAAAGUUUUGUGAUAGACUGGCUUAUGCCAUCACCCCAGAGACAGAACACCAUUUGGUUGACAAUGGGGAGGUCCGUCAGUUCACACUUCAUCACUGGCUGGUUGUCUGAAUGCUGAAAUAAGUAAGACAGGAAGUGGACAUCUGUAUGAAGGGUAGGAGUGUGUUUCAAUGCUUGCACAGCAAAGGUCUGAAGAAGUACGAAGAAGCCGGGGGGAAUUUAGGAGUGUCGAAAAAAAAAAAGUUGUGAGAAAAUGUAGUGUGAUUUUAAUUUCUACUGUGUGAAGCUGUGAGUAGACCUACUUUGGUUUGACAGCAGUGAACUGGCAAAUGGUACUGUGGUAUUUUAACCUGCAACUUCUCUAAAUACAAAAGUUCUCUUCAAGAAGACACGGUGUAACUUACUAGUAUGUUGGUCAUCUUGAUUUUGCACUUGUAAUAAUUUAAUUUAUGUUAUCUAAUAUUUAAAACCUAUUAAAGGGGGAACACCUGACAAUGCAGUGACACACUAGAUUACAUUUGGCAUGACUGGAUGUAUGGUACCAUGUACAAUAAAAGCGUAGAUUUGUAUAUGCAUAAAAAGCUUUUAUUGGAGAAAAAAACAUUGAUUUGUGAUGAGAAUGAUUUGUUUUGAUCAAUGAUUUAAGUUAAGGAAGGAUGUUUUGAAGUCUUUUUUUAAUUUUAUUUUUUUUAAGUCUAAAAUGUAUUUGCACCGUGUUGUAUGGAGUCAAAACGUGUCAAAUGUUCAGCAAUCAGUCUUGUAAUGACAUACUUUUAACAAUGCCAAUAUGUAUUCCGUUAAUGUAAAUAUCUUCUUUAAAUGACUGUUAAGACACAUGCAUUUCCUGCAAAUGCCACAACGUCCAAAAAUGUACCUUUGUUUACAUAUGAAGUAUUUACAGGAAAGCUAUUAUAUAUGUUAUAUAGAUAUGCUAAACAGUGAUAUUUGGUCAAGUUUUACUCUAAAAGAGCUGGUUUGAUUAAUGACAAAAAACCAUAGUCAUCAAUAUGAAAGUGUCGAGGGAGGACUACAUUAAAAGAAAAAGAAAAAGAAACUAUAAAGCUGAAAUUACUAGAAUAAAGUAACAAUAUUAUGAAAAUAUAGUAAUUUUCUGAAAGAGUACUGUAGUCCAAAUAUUAACAGAAUAAUUCAUAACUGAAGAAUAUAUACAGUACAGUAUGUUCAAUGUAGCAUAUGAACAGUUCAAUGUACAAAUAUAUAUCCUAUACAAAAGCCAUAACUGACUUUUUCAUUCAUAUAAAAUAAUUUACAGUGGCAUUAAUUAUUUAAUCUGCAUUGAUUUUUCAGUCACCAUAACAAGUGAUUAAUAACAACUGACUGUUGUUGGGUUGCACAACCAAAGACUCCGUAAUUAAUUGAUUUAUUUCUCCUUAUACAAGACAAUUUUCACUGAAAUCUAACUUAAACUGCAAAAUUGUCCUUUCUAUUGUUUUUGUUUGCAUAUACUGACUCGACACAUGUUAAAUCUGGUUCAAUAUUUUUUUUUAAAAAGCAUAAAGCUUUACUUGUAUACUUAUCAAGUAUCACUCAAGACUGUUUUAAAGCUGCUCUUUGCUAUUCACAAAGGUAUGUAGUGUGUAUGUAAAUUAUGAAGUAAAUUAAAACAUAUAAAUGUGUGUGAGUUUGUGUAUUGUAGAGGUUGUAUUGUAUGUUAUGCAAGUUAACAAGUCAAACAAAAUUACAGUGUACAGUAACUACUAUGUGAAGUUGAUACUUAUUAGCCUUAAGGAUGUUCAUGACAUUCUAUUACAUGAAUAUAACCACAUAAACUUUUGUCCGACCCCAUAUCAUAAAAGCCCUUUUCAGAUGAGUCGAUCAUGACAUGUGCUUCAACAUUGUGGUGCGUUCAACAUUUUAAAGGGUUUGAAUAGUCCCAAACUGUACGCCUGUGCCUCUGUAUUGUGCCUUGUGAUGUUUCUGACUGUAUGACUUUCACAAUAAUGGCAUAUAAAGUACAAUUACGUACAAAAGUACAUAA